AUGUCAGAUGAGGGGAGAGGCAACGCACUCCCGGAGGAGAUGGAGAAGGAUCGAGGAGAGGAACCCGAUCUCCGCUUCCUCACUUGUGCCCUCUGCGACAAGAAAUACCACAACCCCAAGGUAAGAAAAGAAGUGCUUGCGAGCGAUGCCCUCCACCCUCCACUCAUCCCUGCACGCCCCGUCCAGGUGCUGCCGUGCCUCCACACCUUCUGCGAGACGUGUCUAGCCGGAGUGACGCCGCCGGGGAGCCUCGCCCUCACCUGCCCCGUCCACGGGUUGGAGACGAAUUUCUACCUGACGUCGUUUCUCGAAUCCGUGAAAGAGGAGGAAGAAGACAAAGAUGAAGAGGAAGAGGAAGAGGACGAGGAGACGGUGAUCGGGAAACCGGAUCCAAGCCGACUCAUCUUCGAACGCAAAUUCUCGGAAGGCAGCCAGCAGGCGUACUCGUACACCCUGGCCAGUCUCCCUUCUCCCUCCGACUCGAUCGAGGGCUUUCUCCACUGCCCCACUCAUCCAGGUCAGUGUCUGAGAUUCUAUUGCUGGGGAUGCGAAUGGGCGGUUUGUAGCAGUUGCACGGACACGGGACACAGGGGUCACGCCGUUGCCCGCCUUUCCGCCGCUGCCAACAGAUAUCGAAUCCAACUCCAACAUCGACUCAACACCAUCCAAUCUCAAGUGACGACCAGGAAGACGUUGAUACUGAAGGUGGAGGAAAUCACCGAGCGGCUGCAAGAGAGGAAGACGAACGCAGAAGAAUCCGUGAAUGCUACCUUUGAUUCCCUCAUAUCUGCCUUAGAAACUCAGAGAGCCAGGCUCCUCGGCUCCGUCGACAGGAUCGCGAAGGCCAAGCUCCAAGCUUUGGAGGAACAGAGGGGAGCUUUAGAAUCGGAGGCGGACGAGAUGCAGAGGGCAGGAAAUUUCCUCCGACACACGUUGACCGAAGGCACGGACACGGAAGUCCUCUUGGUCAAGAACCAGAUGAUCGAUAAGUUGGAGGAGUGGGAGGAAUCCCCCUACGCCCACGGCCCUGUCGAUAACUCUCAUCUAAGUUUCCGAGAAGACGUGGCAUUGUCACUGAAGCCACGACUCCUGUCGGUGGGAAGCAUCACGAGUACCAGUGCCGUACCGUGGCAGAGUGCCUUCUCCCCUUAUGGAAGGGAUUCAGGCGAGGAGAUGUCCAAAGUUCCCGUUGGAAAAUCCGUCCGUUUCGUUCUUCAAACGAGGGACAAGGACGGGAAUCCCACUGAAGGUGCUCACCCUUUCCUCAAGGCUACGUUCACGAUGGGGAAUCUGGAGACGGAAAUCCCCGUGGAACCUUCGAGCCCGGGGAGGUUCUAUGUGACCUUAACUGUGCCAAAAGAAGGGCCUCUCUCGCUGUCCAUCACGCUCUUUGGCGAGCACGUGAAAGGAAGUCCUCUGAAAGUCAGUCCCUCAUUCGGCCCUGAAAAAUCCCUCCUCGCAGAUCCCGUCGGAACCGAAAGGACAGAACGUAAAAUGAAAUCUUCUCACCCGUCGUUUCAGUUGAUUGGAGAUGGCGGAAGAGAGGAAGGAGCAUCGUCGUCUUCGUCCGGUCGGACUUCCCUGUCCCUCCCACCGAGAUCCCGACUGUCUCGUUCCUCCAAGGCGUCUUCGUCUUCGUCUCUCUCCUCUUCUCGAAGGAGUUGCGUCACUCCUCUGGAAGACGAUCUCAUCGGAGCCAUCGGCACGAGGGGGAGGGGCAAGGGACAGUUCACCAAUCCUCAGGGAGUAUGUUGCACGACUUCCGGGGAGAUCGUGGUCACGGAUUCCAACAACCAAUGCGUGCAAGUCUUCUCGCCAGAGGGCGAGUGCAUCCUCAGGUUUGGUGUGAGAGGAAGAGGUGUAGGUCAACUGCAGCGGCCAACUGGAGUGACGGUCUUGCCUUCCGGCAGUUAUGCCGUAGCCGACUACGAUAAUCGAUGCGUUUCUGUCUUUCAGUCUUCGGGGAAAUUUAUCACUCGGAUUGGCGUCAACAAGCUUCUCGGUCCGAAGGGUGUGUCCGUGACCCACGGGGGUAAGCUGUUGGUUGUGGACAACAAAGGUGGGAAAGUGGUGGUUUUCGGCGCUGAUGGUAGAUUGGAGGCACGGAUCGGCGACAGAAAGAGUGUCGGGUCUGGCUCGUCAGGGAAGGAGGCUCUAGCCGGUCCCCAUUUCGUAGCCGUCACUGCCAGGGGCCGGAUCGCCGUCUCCGAUUUCCACAAUCACUGCGUCAAGGUCUACGAGGCGUCGGGCGAACUGGCAUUCAGCUUCGGUACGAACGGGGAUGGAAACGGACAGUUCAACGCUCCGACCGGAGUUGCAGUCGACGGUCUCGAUAACUUGCUGGUCGCAGAUUGGGGCAACAGCCGCAUACAGGUGUUUGAUAGCCGGGGCACCUAUAUGGGGGUGGUGAAUGCGGCUAGGGCUGGCCUUUACGGACCUCAAGGACUGGCUGUAUCACCCUUGAAUGAAUCCAUCCUCGUUGCGGAUUCCGGGAAUCACUGUGUCAAAGUGUACGAGAACAAGUUCUCGAUCCUUCAUGCGCCUUCGCACUUGACCCUAAAUGGGGAUGUUUGAAACCCAUCCUUCCCUGUGAUCAUGGGAGUUUCUCCUUUUAAUUUACUCCGCUGGGCGGAUAUUUUUAAGCGCUUGCCGCCCAAAGCUUGUCGAAUUAAUGAGUUCGAUUGUGUGUCUUGUGUGACUUUCCUGGGGUGUCCUGGGGCAAGUCGGUUUCAUUCCAUCCGAGCUUGUUUGGCGUUUGCGUGAAAAAGUCUCAAAAAAAUUUAUUGCUCCC